CCCACAGUAGCGAUGGUGGGAAUGAGUGUUCUCAGGUCUGCCGCUGCUUUUGCAGCCAGACUGAGUCCUCUGAAAUCUGGAAAUAAUGCGGCAAAGUUCCUCACCCGAACAAUACCCCGGACAGAGAAAGCGGCUGUUCGUUGGGGUCAUGGAAAGAAAAUGUUUGUCAUCAAACCCUCUGACUACUAUGACAAGAGAUUUCUGCGCUUACUGCAAUAUUAUAUCCUGCUGACUGGCAUUCCUAUGGCUGUCAUUGUCACAUGUGUGAAUGUCUUCAUUGGUGAGGCAGAGCUAGCUGAAAUUCCAGAGGACUACGAACCCGAGCACUGGGAGUACUACAAGCACCCCAUCACCAGGUGGAUUGCACGGACCUUCUAUGAUUCUCCAGUGAAGGACUAUGAAAAGAUGAUGGCUGCGAUCCAAAUGGAGAAAGAAAAGUCAGACAUGAGACUGACACAGUUGGAGGUGCGUAAACAAAUGAGGCAGAGGGGAGACGGUCCAUGGUUCCAUGUGAACACCCUCGACAAGGAACUCAUUGACAACAGCCCCAAGGCAUCACCCGACUCUUAAUCCAGAUGUGUCUGCUGUCAGUACAUCAUGCCGAUCAAGCUCACCGUUUGUACAUUUCUUCCCUUUCUGCGUAAAUAAAGUAUCUAUACGUACUCUAA